AGAUCCGAAUAUCAGAGUUCUUUACAACAAGAGUCCAAGCUCGCCACGUUCCCCUCGAUUCGCUUUCCUUCGAUUCCAGAGAUCGAUCGAGAGAGAGAAGAAGAGAUCUCCAAUGGCGACGACGUCUCUGAGGAGCUCGGUGGGUAGUAGCUCGUCGCUGGGGCCGCGGGCGGCGGUCCCUCCGCUGGAUAUCCGGCCCCGGCGGGUGCGGAUGGCGGCCAAGGCAGCGACCGGAGCGGAGGAUGGCGCCGUCUCCGGGCCGGAUCUGCGAGUGCGCGUCAACGGACUGGAGUUGCCGAAUCCCUUCGUCAUCGGGUCCGGGCCGCCGGGGACCAACUACACCGUCAUGAAGAGGGCCUUCGAUGAAGGGUGGGGCGCCGUCAUCGCUAAAACGGUUUCUUUGGAUGCUGCAAAAGUAGUAAAUGUGACUCCUCGUUAUGCUCGGCUUCGAGCAGGAUCAAAUGGAUCGGCAAAGGGUCCAAUUAUUGGAUGGGAGAAUAUUGAACUUAUUAGCGACCGCCCUCUCGAAAUUAUGUUAAAUGAAUUCAAGCAAUUAAAAGAGGAAUAUCCUGAUAGGGUACUCAUUGCUUCAAUCAUGGAAGAAUACAAUAAAGAGGCUUGGCAGGAACUUAUUGAGCGUGUGGAGGAAACAGGAGUGGAUGCUCUUGAGAUCAAUUUUUCUUGUCCUCAUGGCAUGCCUGAGAGGAAGAUGGGUGCAGCGGUGGGGCAAGACUGUGCACUUCUGGAGGAGGUAUGUGGAUGGAUAAAUGAGAAAGCAACUGUGCCUGUAUGGGCAAAGAUGACACCCAACAUAACGGAUAUUAGUCAGCCAGCUAGAGUGGCUCUAAAAUCAGGUUGUGAAGGAGUGUCCGCUAUCAACACAAUAAUGAGCGUAAUGGGGAUCAAUCUCAAUACUUUACAUCCUGAACCUUGUGUCGAGGGAUAUUCCACACCUGGUGGUUACUCUGCAAAGGCUGUCCAUCCUAUUGCACUUGGGAAAGUUAUGCAGAUUGCAAAAAUGAUGCAAUCAGAUUUUCCCAAUGGAGAUUUCUCACUUUCUGGAAUCGGAGGGGUUGAGACUGGUGGUGAUGCUGCUGAAUUUAUUUUAUUAGGAGCAAACACUGUUCAGGUAUGCACUGGAGUGAUGAUGCAUGGCUAUGGCGUUGUGAAGAAGCUUUGUGCCGAGUUGCAGGAGUUCAUGAGCAAACACAACUUUUCAUCCAUAGAAGAUUUCCGGGGGGUCUCCCUUCAGUACUUCACCACCCACACCGACUUGGUGAGGCGGCAGCAGGACGCAAUACAACAAAGAAAAGCCAUAAAGAAGGGGCUGCAAUCAGACAAAGACUGGACUGGGGAUGGUUUUGUGAAGGAGACUGAGAGCAUGGUCUCCAAUUAGUGAGAUAGGUGCCGUAUCGAACUUUCCUCUUGAUCUGAUCACUCUGUUAGAUGGGAAAAUAAUGAAUUUCCUUCAAGUCCAUAUCAAAUAAAAGAAUUUUAACUCGUAUCAAUCCUCUAUAUUUCUUUACUUCUUGGCUUUCAAAUUGGCAAUGCAAAAGUUGAGCAUGGUAAAUAAUAGUCUCAACAUUGGGAUUGGACCAAUUGUAUCUAUACACGUCAGAAUCCCCGAUUGGUUUGUCUCCGGGGUUGUGAAUUCUAUUUAGUUUUUUCUUGUGGCAUGUUCUUUGUUGCAGUAUAAACUUCUCACGGUUGAAUCUUGGUUCGAUUA